AUGGAAAAAUAUUUUAAAAGAAAGUUAAUUGCUGAGACAUCUCAACUUUGUUCUGGUGUCAAUGAUAAUGAAAACCAGCCUUCUUCAAAGAAAAAUUGCUUCGAAGUUGACUUGGAAAAUCUUCCUUUUGAUCCUGGAUUUCGACCAAGAAUUACAUUUUAUCAUCCUAAUGUUCGAGACCAAGUUAGAAUGCAUUAUCUACAAAAGGGUCCUUGUCAACCUCGCAACCAUAAGUUUCCCAAAUCAAAAUAUGGUGAUCAUGAACAAAGUUUCCAAUGGUCUUGGUUUGACAAAUAUCCUUACUGGUUGGAAUAUAGUGUUGAGAAUGAUGUUGCAUAUUGUUUAUGUUGUUAUCUUCUCAAACUAGAUAAAGUUAAGCAAAGUGGCGAUGAUUCUUUUUUCUUAAUGGGUUUCAUAAUUGGAAGAGACUUGAAAAUUUUAAAUAUCAUAUUGGAGCGAGAAGAUUAUCGUAUUCGGUUGAAAGGAUCAAUUUCUGCUAGUCGGCUUCCUCUUCGGCAAGGAUUGCCUUUUCGUGGUCAUGAUGAGUCUGAUGAUUCAAUGAAUUGGGGAAACUUUCUUGAACUUUUACACUAUACAAUUGAGCAAAAUGAAGAAUAUAGAUUAGUAGCAUUGGAGAAUGCUCAUGGACAUGAUAAAUUGAUUACUCCUAGUAUCCAAAAAGACAUAAUCAAUGCAUUUGCAGUUGAAACCAUCAACAAACUAAUUAGUGAUCUAGGAGAUGCUUUGUUUUCUAUAUUAGUUGAUGAAGCUCGUGAUGGAUCCAACAAAGAGCAGAUGACAAUUAUCUUACGUUAUGUAAAUAAAAGAGGAUGUGUUGUUGAGUGUCUAUUGAGCAUUAUGCAUGUCACAGAUACGACUGCUUUGUCACUAAAGAUGGGAAUUGAAAUAUUGUUCUCUAAAUACAAUUUGAGCAUAUCAAGAUUACAUGGACAAGGUUAUGAUGGUGCGAGUAAUUUGCGAGGUCAGUUUAAUGGGUUAAAUCCACUUAUAUUGAACAAUAAUGAAUAUGCCUUCUAUGUUCAUUAUUUUGCUCACCAACUUCAAUUGGCACUUGUAGCUGUGGCAAAAAAGGAUACAAAUAUUGAGAGACUUUUUUUGAAAGUUUCUUGUGUGAUAAAUAUUGUUGGAUGGUCACCUAGACGUAGGGAUCUUCUUAAUGAGAAACAAGCUUUGAAGGUGAAAAAAGCUAUUUAA